AUGUUUAAUAACUGUUUUUACAGUUUACCUCAGUCCAGGUAAUUACAAUGACUCAGAUACUCACUUCGCUUAUUUUGCUAUGACAUGUACAGGAAAAAAUGUGUGUCCUUAAAUCUGCUGUUUGCAUGACUGUGUGUGUGUGCAAACAUAUGUGGGUGUCGAGUCCAUGAGAGAGAAAUUAUAGACAAGUAUGACGUAGUUAAAGAGACAAACAGAAAUAAGUGAGCCCUCUUCCCAAAAUCCAACCAGAAUAAUCCAGUUUUACUCACACACACACACACACAAACACACACAUUGUCUAAAUAAGCCAGCUCAGCUCACGAUGACUCAUUUUAUGUUCCCCGUAGUUGCCUGGUUAGUGGGGCUGGAAUAUUUUGCUUGUAUCCUUCACUCCUCUCGUGAAUCUCACACACUCACAGAAAGUCUUUCCACCAUGAUUCAUUUUUUCGGGUAAUGACUUGCUGCUUCCAACUCAACAGUUGUCAACAGAGUCCCGGGCCAAGCACAACACCCGGCUCUCGAACAACUGAGCUCGGUUUUUCAACAAUCAAAACAUUCACACCACAGUUCAGGCUCUGCCCCGAAAAAACCUCAUUAUGUUUGAACGCAACACAAGAGAAAUUAGAAGUUAAGCAGAUGGUGAGUGUUUCCUCUACGAGCAGAUUUGACAGACAUUGUUCUUGUAGUCUGAUUAAAAUCAUUUCUGUCUUUGCGUCUCUUUCAUUUUUGAACUCGUGCCAGUGUCAACGGUGCAGAGCGUUGUAGGUGGAAAGAAUAUUAAAGGAGUUAGGAAUAUGCCCUGCAUCAAGAGAUCCACAUUGGUCUUCCAGGAAGGGCCUCCGGUUUGCUGAUUAUUUCUUCCAGGAAGGCUUUUUGUUGGCUGAUCAGCCCCUUAUAGGAAAGACGUUUGGUUGGCCCAUCAGCUGGAGUAUUGUCACAGCCGCUUCUGAUAAAGCCAGACCAGCUUCCAGGAAACCAGAGAUUUACCCUCCAGCAUUCCAUCAUUCCUUCACCAUCAGCGCACACACACAGAGACAGAGAGAACGAGAUGGAGCAAGAGGGGUAUAACAGGGACAUGGAUCAAUAAAAACCAUAUGGGAAAGCAUACAGAUAGUCAAAUGCACUCAAAAACGAGUGCAUGUGGAUGUAUGUAUUCUCAUGUGUGUGUGUGUGUGUGCAGGAGUCUGUUAAGAGAGUCUUGACCUGCACUCACUGACCGAUUCCAUGUGACACGCUCUAACCACAAUAUUGUUGUAAGCUGACUUCACCACCACCCCCUCUGCAAAUUCGAAACUCAUUGUGAAUGUUUUCAUUUCAAUCAUCUCAGAAAUGUUUUUUCUCGUGACACCUGGACAGACAAACAGACGGGUGUGUCUUUACUGUUACCGGCUGAGAGAACAAAGGCGACAACCUCGGGAGACCUGAAAGGUAUAAAACAGGUUGUAGACCCAUUGUUUCAUCCCGGCGGAGGAGUCUUUAUACUGUUUUCCUUCUCCAUUCACAGCUGUGCGAGCGUUGCAGCAGAGAGGCGUGGAUGCCAAAUGGCUUACAGUAACAGCAUGGAGUCAGACCAAACCCUCCAACACUCUCAGGUGUCACUCCAUCCCUGCAGCCUGCACACAGAGCUGCAUAAUGUUCGGGACUCUUGCAGGCAAGCACAUGUGUGUAUUAGCUCACGCAUACAUAUGUGGUGAGUCAGGGGUUUUGGGUCAUGAAUGUGGAGUUACCUACAGCGAUAAAAGAGGUACUAAUACCCUUUAA